CACAAUCUGGCCGUCUGAUAGUCGCGGAGCUGGAAGCGCUGCCGGCCACGGACAGGUGCUGGCGUCUGCGGGGAUGGAGGAGGUGGAGGUGCCCGAAUAUUACCGGGAGGAGGAGGACGACGACGACGACGACGAGGAGGGGGGAGAAGAAGAAGAAGAUGGAGGUGGCAAAGAGUUUUAUGAAUUCCAGCCUCUCCCCACACUGCUGGAGGAUGAGAGGUCCGUCAUAACCCGACCCUCACCAUCAAUCUGGAAGCACACAUCCAGGAAAUCCAAGCAGGUCCGGCUUUUCUUGAAGGAAAACGUGUCCUUGGCUGAUAUUCUGUCACUACGAGAUAACUGUCUCACGGAGCAGGAUAUUUGGGCAAUCUGCCUGGAAUGCUGCUACUCCAUGAAGGACAUCUCUCAUGCGGCCAUCUUCCAGACGCUGUGCAUUACUCCAGACACACUGGCAUUUAACACCAGCGGCAACGUCUGCUUCAUGGAGCAGCUUAGUGAUGAUCCUGAAGGGGCCUUUGUACCUCCAGAGUUUGAUCUGACUGGUAACACUAUUGAGGGGCAUAUAUAUUCUCUGGGUGCAACACUGAAAGCAGCCAUAGAAUUUAUAGUCGACCCAGAUUCGGAGACAGAAUUUUGCCAAGAUUUAAGUUCCUUGCUGGAUUCUAUGCAACAGGAAAACCCGGCCGACAGACCGGACAUUGAGAGCAUUAUAUCCCUGUGUGAGGAAAAGAUUAAUUGCUCCUCCUCGUCCGUUUGUCGAAGCCUUUCAUCCAUCGGCAGAAGAGUGCUCUCCAUAGAGUCCGUCACUGCUUUCCAAGAUGGCUGGGAAAGUCUGUGGAAGGGCGUCAACAAAAAGGACAAUUGUAUGAAAGUUCCCACAACAGAGAAAGCUCCUAGCCGUAUCUCGACCAUACCAGAAAACUGCUCGGUCAGUCUUACCGGCUUCAGCCUCAGCUCUAACUCUGUGCAAGAAGAAGAGCAUCAGAAUGGAUGGCGAGAAGUGGAGUUCAAACUGGAGAAGCCGUGUUCUCCUCCAAACUCGUUUGGACAUCAUCUCAAGAAAAAUAAACGGGAGAGGAGCAAGUCUUCUUCCCCCGAAAAGUUUGAGGGCUUUGAAAGGGCAAAGGUUGAAGAUGAAAUGGCAAAGCUCUCUUUAAAAAGACACAGAAGAAAUAAACACUCUUCUUUGGUUAAUAAUGUCGAAAAACGGUCUCUUUCCCAAUCUCCACCCGGUGUAGGACUGGUCACCUUAAAGAGUUGGCCAUCUGUACCUAGCUGUCUAUCACCGAACGAAGAGCAAGAUUCAGGAGAUGGACAUGGACACCAGACUAGUCUGCCUGUGCCAAACCAUACAAACUGUGUAUCCCCUCUUGGACAGUCUAAGUGCCAUUCUCAAGUUUCUUAUGAAAAUCUAGUAACCGCUCUCGAACAAGAAAACCAGCACUUUUUCGGUACAGACAGAAAUGCGAUUUCUAAAAAAUAUACAACGGUUGAAGAUCCUGUUCUAGACACUAUCAGGUUGAAUAUAAAACAACACAAUACAGCCAAGGAAACGUUUGGAUCUCCGCCGGUUUAUCGAGAGGAUGUUUUAUCUAUGUCAAGACACCUUAACAGCCCCGAAACAGAUCCUGACUUCUGUGACGGAUAUGAAUCGAUUGCUGUAAAUGAGAACCAGCGGUGGGUUUCCUUGAAAGAAAUGUUGCUAAACUAUGGAAAGCCCUUAGAAGAAGACGAGCUGUGGGCGCUGUGCUACGAGUGCUUAUAUACUCUACAGACGUACGUGGAUUAUCCAGCCAUUCUGAGUCUGGAGUCUGUGUUCAUUGACCAGUGUGGAGAAGUCCUCUUUGUUACUCAUCAGAAUGAAGAGCCUUAUGAUGCGUUUUGCGUGCCACCUGAACAUGACCCUGAUGGUGAUGGAUCUGGGACAGAAAAGACUUGUGUAUAUGGCAUUGCAGCCAUUUUAUGGUCAGCAGCCAAGUUCAAUUACCCGGCAAAUCACAAGCUGACGCUUCCCAAAAAGCUGAAAUGGUUCCUUCUACAGAUGGCUAAAAGGGAUUCUGAUGAAAGGCCAAGUUUAGCUGAAGCUUUGCAGGUCUGCAGGAAAUAUCUGGAGCAGAAGAAUUUGGACAGUAAAGCAAUGUGGACAGGUUUAAUCGGCCUAAUGGAUCAGAAUGUGCAAAGCUCCUUAUAUCCUGAAGAGGACAGUCGUCAGGUGUCGGGGUCUUCAGCCGGAUUUGUUCCAGUCACAACCCAUAAAAAGCUGACGGCGGUGAAAGGACCCGUCCCGUUGAAGGACCAGCCUGUCAAUCUGCCGGCUGCGUAUACGUCUCCAGCCACGUAUUUUAAACCUAUUGUGAUUAUGCAAAACACAGACAUCAACAGUAAUAAAAUACCGAGCCCAUCACCUUACCCUAAGCCACAGGUGAGUCCAGGAGACCUGGACCACAUAGAAGAGGACAUCUCUGUAACGGAAAUAGAGAACCACGUGGUGGAAGAUAAAACGAGCCAACUACUGAAACCUGGCAGCAGAACCAAAGUCUCUUUUAAAACGGACUUUAAUGUUCUGGACUAUGAUCGGAAAGAGAAAAGCCCCUCAGCGUUGUCUUCGGUGUCUUCGAACUCCUCCACCCUGACCAGCAGCCCCAUUGUAAAUAAUUAUUUAUUGAAGCAGGAUCCCAAAACUGGGAAUCUGACGCUUGUCCGUGUGCAGCUCAGUAUUCCAGAACAUAUCCCAAGUGUAGCCCUGGAAGCUGAGCCUGCAUCCCAGACCAUUCAGACUUCCCCCGUGCACCCUCCUGCAACGUUUACAAAUGCCAAUGUGGUUAGUAAUGACCACGAGUCCUCCAGAACCCCUCCAACAGCCUCAUCUGACAAAUGUAAAGAAACCCAAGGGUCACCUACUAUGAAUGGCGUACUUGGCAACAUUUGUGAAAAGAAACAAGACUCCCCCUCCAGUAACACCUCACAUGAGACUUUAGUUAAUGGAGAAUCUCCAUCUAGAAGGAAUGUAUGCUCUCCCCUGCAGAAAGUGGUCAACCUCUUACAGGAGGAAUUUGCAUUUGAUGGUUACUUAGAAAAUGGGGUUGAAGACAUUGCAAUGGGUGAAUACAUUUUUGCCCUGAAAGGUCUUCAGCAUACAACCUUCUGCAGCGCGAUAUGUGAGAAGUUCUGUGACCUCUAUUGGGAUGACCAUCUACUGGAAAACCUGUACAAGAUAAUCAACAACAAAUCCCCUCCACCCGUCAGAAAAAACGUGACCGAUUCUUCUCUGAACAAUAAUCCUACUCAACUUUUAAAGAAGAUUCAGAGAAAAACUCUAAAAAAUAAGAAGCAGACAAGACCGACAACCAACGAACAGAGUUCCCUUUCAGAUGGUGAAGAAGCCAUGACCAGCACCACGCAUGUUGCUGCAGAGCAGGAUUCGCCACCGAAGUCUCACUAUUCUCUGUCACCUGAGGACAUAGACACUACGAUGGAAACAAAGCCACCAGCACCAGAGACGCAGGUGGCGGCCGGCAGAGGCAGUCGCCCUUCUUAUGAUGAGACAGAUAUGACUGAUUCGCCAUCACACAUGAUGGAUAAGGAUCAGCAGCCUCGUGCCCCCAGAAUGCAGGCGGGAAGCGAAGAGAACUGCGAGUACAGAGCCUUCCCCGACUGUAACCGCUUAUGUGUCAGCCCAGACUACAGCGAAGAGAACGAAGAAGUGAAGCAACGUGAAAGCAUGUCCAUCUGCCCGUCGGAAGUGUACAAGUGCAGCUCAGGGUGGUCCAGCGCUUUCUAUGGGGCAGAGAUGUUCGACCCUGAUGUCCAGCACUAUGUUACUAUACUCGGGCGGCAAAAAGAGAAGUCUUCGAAGAGUAUAGAGGCCAAGAGGCUGGAACUUGAACAGCAGCUUAUGAUCGAAACGAAAAAUUACAGGAAAACGGUGAAACUUUACCAGAAUCUGAUGCUGAAGGGGAAGAGGAGUAAAGGCUCUGAUGUGAAAGAAUUGUUACCCAAACUUAAAGGUCAUUUGGAAGAAAUGAAAUCAAAGGUGCAGUUUCUUGAACUGGCCAAAAAAUUACUGCAGGUUUCUUAUGCCGAACAAUGGGGGCUGGAGUCUCGGGAGCUCCCAACAGUGGCUAACCUUGCCUCUCUGAGCGCCUCUGAAAAUGACGCCUUUGUGCUCACGUAUAAUGAGAAAGGUCAUAAGCGAGACCACACAUCAAAGAACCUCCAAGCUGGGACCCCUCUGGGGCUGCUGGUGCACCUCUACUCCAGAAAUGCUGUGGUGGACGGCUACGUUCAGCAGUUCUUCUACGCCUUCCGUUAUGUCUGUUCCCAGGAGGAUCUUCUGCGGUUCCUUGUGGACAGGAUUAACAGCACCUUGCCAAGGGAAGAUGUGGACCCCUCGUCUAUGGAUGCCAAAAUUUAUCAUCGGUCACUUGUGCUGCUACAAUCCUGGAUUGAAGAAUGCUGGCACAUCGACUUCUCCAUGAACCCAGAUCUUCUAGACAAGCUCGAAGACUUAAGUAAUUCCCAGAUUCUUCCAAAAGACGAGCGUGAUGAAUACCUGGUGUCCCUGCUGCAGGAGCUCUGCUGUAAGAAGUACACCAUCUCCUCCCCCACCUUGAGUUCUGAGAAGAAGGAGGACACCAAAUCAUUGCACUCGCUCUGCACAAAGUUCUCCGAGGACAAUGUUUCUAGAAAGAGCUUUAACUGGAGACUCUCUAAAGGCAAUGGGCUCCAUCUACCUCAUCACAGGGACAAACCGUACACCAUAUCUGCAGCUUUGCCUCGGCCGUGCUACCCUGGUCUUGUAGAAGACCUGUCCUCCUACUAUAUCAAGGGGGAGGAGUGUGGAACGUACUCUAUCCAUGAGUGCAGCGUUCAGCAAAUUGCCACUCAACUGACUUUACUCCAAGAGGAAAUGUUUCAGAAGUGCCACCCUGUCAACUUCUUGAACUCAAGGGCAAUAGGAGUUAAGGACAAAUCCAGCAAUGUUCCGAAGACAUUUUCCAUGGAGCCUCUUCCUGUCGAGGUUUGCAGUCUUUUCUCGCCUAACUGCGUCCAGGACAAGUAUCUGCUGCACAUGUUACGAUUUACAGACAAUGUCAGUACAUGGGUGGCAGCGGAGAUUGUCACGUGCCACACAUCCAAGUUACAGACCAGCAUCCUGACAAAAUUUCUUCUUGUUGCCAAAUUAUGCUACGAACAACGAGACUUUGCAACCGCUGUUCAGAUACUCGGGGGACUUGAAAACCUUAUAGUACGGCAGCUGCCGGCUUGGAAGAAUUUACCUACAAAGGUGGCAGAAAUUCUGGAGGAACUCAAAGCCGUGGAGGUGUUUCUAAAGAGUGACAGCUUGUGUCUGAUGAAAGGAGACCGAUUCAGAACAUUACCCACAAUUCCUUCUGCAUACCUCUUAGCAAUGCACAUUCAACAGCUCGAGACUGGGGGCUUUACAAUGGCCAAUGGAGCUUUUAAGUGGAAUAAGCUAAGGAAUAUUGCCAAAGUAGUGAGCCAAGUUCACGCAUUUCAAGAAAUCCCAUACUCCUUUACUCUAGAUCCAGAUUUGCAGUUUUACCUCCGCCAACGCAUUUCUCAUUUCAGCGAUUCCGAUAUCUCUGUCCUGGCAGCUGACAACAACGCCAAUUUCCAUCAUGUAAACUCCGAGAAACAUUCUCGUAAGAUACAGGAUACACUACGUAGGAUGAAGGCAACAUUUCAGUGAAAGCCAUGGAUAUUACUGUAGCGGCACAUUUGUAUCCCGUCCAAAGAACCAAAGAUUAAACCAAGAACUGCACAAGGUUCUGGGUGAUGGACGGGACAACAUGGUGGCUAUUGGAUUGGGAAUAGUAGCAGUUGGGGGGGGGGACAAAUAUUCACAAAGGGCUCAUCUGUUUCAGUAAUGUAGGUUCUCUGUUAUGGACUGUUAUUGGUUUAAAUGCUUUCCUGCUUCUGCAUCGGUGACCAUGUCACUAUGUCUUGCACAAAUAUCCAUGCAGAUCUGUACUCAUUUUUGUAUAUAGCAGUUGAAUAUGUCUUUUUGUUUCGGAUAAUGGCCAGACUUAUUUUUUACUUCUGCUUGAAAAAUAAUGACUGGUACAUGAUGACGAUGUGGCAUUGUUGGUUACCUAUGUCCCUUGAGCGUUAGAAUAUUCUGGCUAUGGUUAUGGAUUGGAAUUGGUUUAUAUGCACAUCAGGCCUUAUGCACAUGACCGUAUUAUUGUACCUCAUCUGAUCCAUAUUUUUUGCUGAUCGGAUGCAGAUCCCUUCUUUUCAGUGGGGCCUCAAAAAGUGCAGACCGCACACCGUGUACUGUCCACAUCCAUAUGUCAGGGCCGCAAACAAUUAUAGAACAUGUCCUGUACUUGUCCAUUUUUCAGAGGGAGAAAGAAAAUGUCUGCAUGCAUACGGCCGCUAUCCAUGUUUUGCGGACCCGCUGUUUGAGGACCGCAAAACGCAUAUGUUCGUGUGCAUGAGGCUUAAUCCAAAGUAAUAAGAGCCAUCGAAAAAUUGAACGGAAAGUAAUAACAGUAUUAUAAAAUGAUGGGUCAAUAAGAUGUAUAAAAAAAAAGUAACACAUUCUAAAGAAACAAAUGCAUCGUUUACCGUGGCGAGCAGUUGGUACCCGCUUUCUUUUUCUCAAGCGUACCUCCAGUGAUACAUUUAGAAACCGUGUAGGAUUUGCACCUGUCUGCUCCAUUAAUUUCUGUAAGGGGCAGAGUAGGAAGAGACUUGAAUUACUGCAGUCCUUUACUCCCUCCCUGCCGAUUGGCAAGACUUCUGAGGCAUAAAUAGCUGACCUUUGAAGGGACUAUGUACUGUACGUCCCAUGAGGAUCUAAGAUUACUGCUUUGACUUUUCAUAGGACUUACACUUUAAUCAUCAUGUGGAAAAUGAAUUGAACUGGUAUAGUCCUUGCUUUGCACUAAUUUAUUAUGUAAUUGCCACUGCAUGAAAUUCCACUUCUUGAUACGGUUAUUGUUCAUCUUUAUGAUGGCUCAACCAGCCUUUGCAAACCUAUGUUGUGGCCAAACCAGACAACCAUCUAAUGUUUAUGGAGCCUUCCAACGUUUGAUUUUGAGUGAGAUAAGGAUCAGGCAUGUUGAAUUUCAACUGCCUAAUCCUUUUGUUCUCAGGAGAUAAGCAGCUGCCUGAGGUGUCUGGCAACGGCUUUCUCCCCUCUUCCGAUUCAUUACAUAUGCACGUUUGACCACGUUGAGCAUGCUUAUGUAUGGAAAGACCAGGAGAGCUAGCUGCCUGUUAUGUGUAUGUCCUGGUCAAGAAUGAUCUCUAGGUGUAGUUUCUGUAUUGUGCGGUCAGAUGGGUUUGUUGAUGAAGAAAUCAAUAAUCCCUAGGACUGCUACAUUUUACAGGAGGUUUAGGUCUGUGGUACACUCUAGGUAAACCAUAGUUUUGCAAAGGCAUAUGAUUGUGUACUGUAGUGUACUGUACGUCCUAAAACUCUGUUGAAACAUUUAUGCAUCUAAAAUAUAAAUUAUUUUGAAGCAAUUUGUGUCUAAAGGAAUUCGUAUUUCCUAAUUAUUAGAAGAAAGAUCAGACCCUAAACCUUAUAUACAGGCUUUCAUAAGAGUCACUAGUGACAUUAAAGAGGUUCUCCUCAGGAGUAGGUCAUCAAUUUGAGGUUGGCGGCAGUCCGACUCCUGGCACCUCCUCCGAUCAGCUGUUUUAGGAAACGGCAUCGCUCACUGGACCCUUGGGUGGAGUAGGAAACCUUGGAUAGCUUUUCUAGACAAGUGUUAGGUA